CUUGGGCUAGUCGCGACUCCCCAGCGAUGAAUUCUGACGACUACUACUUCAACGAUGAGCUCGAUUCUGGUGUCUUACAGCAACUUGAUGUCAUAGAAGCUGCGCACCGUGCAGACGCUAAACCUCCGCCAAAGCCGAAUCCACAGUCGUGGUGUCCUGCUUCGGCGAAACAACCCAGAGGACUCGAAGCUGACGACUCAUACGUUGACCUCUCAUUGGAAUUGGAUGCAACAGAACUACAACGGUUGGAUUCUUUCGUUAAUGAUGCAUACCGGGGGAAACCAGCUGCAGUGGCUGGUCCAACCAGUUCAUCAAAGCCGAGUUCCCAGCGACUGUCGUUGCAAACCACACUGUUCGGUGACGUACUACAGCCUACUCCAUCAACGAGUCGCGCUAAAGACGUGGCGCGGACUUCUACCAAACCGAACUCCCGAAAUAUUGCUGGUGGACCAGCCCCUAAGACGAAGAUGUGGGACCAUACCGCAUUCGCAAAAUCCGGCUGGAAAAAACCCAAGCCAAGCAAGGGGAAAGGUGUCGCAGACCCUCAUGACAGUCAAGAAGAAGAAGAAAUAGAAUUUGAACAGUUUCCGGCGCCGUUUGUAUCAGGUGCGUUCCCCUUCAAUGGUCACAUAUCCCCACCCCCUCUGAAACUUAAAGCAGAUCUGCUAGAGGCUAAGCAUUGGAUCUACCCGCUAAAUCAGCCGAAGCGGGACUACCAGUUCAAUAUCGUACAGCGCUGUUUAUUCGACAACACUCUCGUAGCCCUACCGACUGGUCUCGGAAAGACAUUCAUUGCCGGUGUGGUGAUGCUCAAUUAUUACCGCUGGUUUCCUGAUGGGAAGGUGGUUUUUAUUGCGCCAACCAAACCCCUUGUCGCACAACAAAUCACCGCUUGCCACCAGACGUGCGGUAUUCCGGGCAGGGAUGCUGUAGAAUUGACAGGCAAUAACUCCCGAACCUAUCGAUCGCAAAUGUGGACGGAGAAGCGUGUAUUUUAUAUGACGCCCCAAACUUUGAUGAAUGACCUCGUCACGGAGAACUGUGACCCGAGAGACAUAAUCCUUCUUGUUAUUGAUGAAGCACACAAGGGCACAGGGGACUAUGCGUACGCACAGGUCGUACGGUUUUUGAUGGCGAAGAAUCCCCACUUUCGCGUGCUUGCGCUUACUGCCACGCCAGGGAGCUCACAGGAGGCCGUGCAAGCAAUCGUCGACUCGUUGCACAUAAGUAGGAUCGAAAUUAGGGAUGAGCGGAGUCUUGAUUUGAGAGAGUAUAUGCAUAAAAAGCAAAUCAAACAACAUAUUAUUCAAAUGAACGACGAGAUAAUUCACUUUCAGCAACUGCUGAAGACCGUUAUGGAGGGCAUACUGAAACCUCUUAUCGCACAAGGUGUCAUCGAACCACUCGAUGUAGUUAAAAUGCACCCGUACCGUGCAUUAGCAACUCAACAACGCAUUAGUUGCCAGCGAAACCAUCCGCACAAGUGGGCUCUGGGGGUACUUUCUAAAUUGGGAAUGAUGGCUCGUGCCAUGGGUUACCUGAUGGAAGCUAGUACUGAGAUGUGCAUGAAUUGUCUUCAGGAGUAUGUCACCGAGAAGGAAAAAGAUCACGAUGGAAAGAAAGGGCCAAAAAAUGCUCUGAAGAAUGAUCCAACCUUCCAGAAGCUCCUCUCCGAGCUUGAGAGUCAUAAGGGUCGGCCAGGCGGGUUUGGGAUGCACCCUAAAAUGGAGACCCUUAAGCUGCUUCUGAUGCAACAUUUCGGCUCGCGCAUGGCUGACGGUGAGGAAACGAGCGAAGACACAAAGGCGAUGGUAUUUGUCACCUAUCGCGAAUGCGUGGACGAGAUAGUAGCUAUGCUCAACGAGGAAAGGCCACUGUUAAAGGCAACGAAGUUCGUUGGGCAAGGUCUUGACAAGAAAGGGCGCAAGGGAUUUGCGCAAAAGGAACAACUAGAGGUCAUAAGGAAGUUUAAGGCUGGAGAAUUUAAUGUGCUGGUGUCAACUUCAAUUGGUGAAGAAGGUCUUGAUAUCGGCGAAGUCGACAUGAUCGUAUGUUAUGACGCCCAAAAGACACCGAUUCGAAUGCUCCAGCGUGUUGGGCGUACGGGCCGAAAACGUGAUGGUUACGUUCAUGUCCUCCUCGCUGAAGUUCGCGAAGAACUUAAUUGGGACAAAGCGAAGGACACAUACGGAGAGAUGCAGAGGUGUAUUGUUCGUGGAGACCAGCUCGAACUUUAUGGUGAUGUUCCCCGGUUACUGCCCGAUCACACGCGGCCGCAGGUCUUGGAGAAGAAGAUGGAGAUCGAAGAAUACAGCCGCGAGAAGCCCGACAGUGUCAAAACGAAGGCCGUGCCAGCUGCGAAGGGCAAGAAGCGAAAACGAAAUGAUGACAUUGACCGCAAUAUCCCACCUGAAGCUACCAAAGGUUUUGUAAGCGUCGCAGACUUGCUUGUGAAGAAAAAGAAAAAAACCAAAGCGAGGAGCGUAUCCGAGUCGGCGGCUGCCCAGCAGAACUCGAAGAAAAAAACUUCUAUACGCAAAGCCCGUAGCGACAAUCCAGGGAGGAAACAGGCUUCAGCUUCCGUUAGCAAGAAAGGGAAAGGCAAGGGACGGUCUACUGUUAGCCAACCGUCCCUCAAGAGCGAAGUUCCUGGUGAUGAUAUGGACGUUGAGCCCGACAUAUCUCCUGCCAUCCGCUCCUCUAAUGUCUCUUCUAUAACCCCAUCAUCUCGUGGCUCGCCCGCCUUUAGGAUGUCAUCACCCGAUAUAAUCGUUACGGGCGCUUCUCCUUUGCAACCUCAGAUUCCUGCCUCUGAUGAAGCGCCAAUAAAGUGUCGCAAGCAGUUGGAUCCCAUUCGGCGCUGUUCUCCCCAACUCGGACCUAGGCCUGCUAGUCCAGCGGUUAUUCCCAGUUCAUCAUCCGUCAAGCCAGCUGUAGGCGAAGUGAUUGAAUUAACCUCUUCCCCAUCGCCCCUUUCGUCGCUCCCACUGUCACCCUCCCCUAGUCGUUCAAUCUUGCAUGAGCAGGAUGGUAAAGAACCCUCUGCAUGCGAUGGUGACCUGCCACCACCAGACAUCCAUCAGGCUGCAUCAUGGCUACUGGAUGACGAUGACGAUGACGAUGACGACCUCGACAUCGGCGUAACCGGGUCGUCUCUGGUGCCCAAGACAUGGCAUAAUCGCAGUUCUCUUGUGGCGCGACCCCCCUCCCCUGGUGACCUAAAAUCCUCAUCGUGGUCCUCCGAUGUAGAUGUCCCUGAAGCAUCAUUCGCAAUACGUCCAGCUGGCAAGCGUCUCCAGAAAAGAUACAUCGGUGCAAUCGAAGAUGGGGAACCACUCUCACCAGCUAUUUCACCUAACCGGAGGCUAGUAAGGAAGGACACUGAGAUUGCCUCGCGGCCUCCAUCACCACCGCCUCAGCCAAAGAAACGGAGAAAACCCAUGGUCUCUAUUCGCCAUAACCCCUGGUUGGACGGAGAAGCGGAACACUCCGGAGAUGAAGUGAGCGACGGCUCAUCCCAUUCGGCGGACGAUGUCGAAAGCGAGUCCGACAGACAGUUCCUAAAAGAUAUACCGGACACUCAGGUUUCGCCAUCAUACGACCAAUUCCAGGUUUAUAGACGAAGUCUUCUCACUCAAGUUCCUCAGACGCAAAGCUUGCCUGUUUUCGCAAACAAGCCAGUGAAGAAGGGUGCAUUCAUAACGGCACGCGAGCACUCGCGACGUCAACCUGUGCUUUCGAGUUCGCCUCCGAGGGAGAGCGACGAGCCCGAUGAGUACGUCUUUGGCAGUUUUGUUGUAGCCGACGACGCGGACCUUUCUUUCGAAUGA